CAUGUUCAUCAUUGUGGAUUUUCUUUAUUAAUAAGAACGAUGCAUUAGCACUGAAACCAUUCGAUUCGUGAAUUUCAAGCAAGUUCAUAUUCAAUCAGUUCCUAAAAACUAACUAGAAAAAUCGUCAAAAAUGAAGUUUUUCUUGUGCAUAUUGGUUCUAUCUUUCGCAACCAUGCAAGAGUUGGUGGUUGCUGAUAAACGGGGUCCGUUUGAUGCAAAUAUGUGCUGCAACGCUGAAAAAUCGGAACCUGACAGCGCAGCUCAUGAAGCAUUGAAGGAGGCUCUUGGUGGAUGUAAAAAAGAGCUGGGUUCCGAGAUGAAAGAAGGAAAGUUUCAUAUUGGCAAAUAUGCUUGCAUGAUGGAAUGUAUUUCCAAGAAAAUGAACGUUAUCGAUGCCAACGGUAACAUCAAUGAAACUGAAUUCACCGAUUCCGUGAAAAAGUUCGCUUCUGGAGAUUAUCAAAAGGCUGUAGCUGAGGAUAUUGCCAAAAAAUGCAUUGCAGGAGCCAAGACUGCUAUUGACAAUGGUGCUAAGGGUGAUAAUGAAUGCAGCUUCACUGCAAUGAAAAUGAAGUACUGCGUUGGAAAAGAAAUGUUCAAUGCAUGCCCAGCUGACAAGCAAGAUACCUCUGACCAAUGUGUAGAAUUGCGUAAAAUAACCAAUGGUGAGAAACCCAAAGAAGAAUAAAGAAUAUUUAUAACUCCGAUUGAUUAGCAAUGACAUUCUGAUGGAACAGAAACAACAAAUAAAAUAUACACGUAUGUUGCAUUUCAAAAAAUAUAAACG